AAUUACUUUUCCUUCAGUCAGAAAGCAGUACAAAACCUAUUCACAUGUAUAUUAACUCACCUGGAGGAUCAGUGACUGCUGGUUUAGGGAUAUAUGAUACAAUGCAAUAUGUUAAGCCGCCAAUUGCCACUUGGUGUGUAGGACAAGCCUGUUCAAUGGGUUCUCUCCUGUUAGCCGCUGGUGCACCAGGUAUGAGACAUGCUCUUCCGCAUUCUCGAAUCAUGAUACACCAGCCAUCUGGUGGUGCUACUGGCCAAGCUACAGAUAUUCAAAUCCAUGCUGAAGAGAUAAUAAAAUUAAAGAAACAAUUGACAUUAAUAUAUGCAAAGCAUACUGGACAAAAUACUGAGCUUUUGCAUAGCAAAAUGGAACGUGAUACAUUUUUAUCUCCGGAUGAAGCGAAGGCAAUGGGUUUAAUAGAUCAAGUUUUAGUGCAUGCGCCUUCCACGAUUACAAAGGGAAGUGCACCAAGUACAGAUGCUCCAAAUCCUAUUAUUAUGCCUAAAGAUAAAGAACCUUCUAUUGGACAGAAAUUACUACAUAAUUAG